GUACGAAAAAUGCGUACUAACUGACGUCUCAUGUUGUCAGCCAGCGUCGCCGCCCUCGACCGUCGCUCUGCCAGCCAGCCGCGCCCAGGUGUCUUCGACUGUUCUCAACAUCUUCCUGUGCCCUUGAUGAGGCUUCCGGACUACGUUGCACGGUCUCACGUAACUCCUCACCGCCCUCUCGCAGUGCGUUCUCCGAAGAUUGAUGGCAGCCGAUUGAAUUGUCUGGUUAGCCUUCGCAUACAUAUCAGUGAGCUCAUCCGUUCUCUUCCAUAGUCACUCUUUCUCCUAGCCUUGGUUCAUGACACGAUUCAUGCGAACGAGCGCUAUCCUACUUUUGGCAUUGUUGGCGGUGGGUACAGGUGCCCUGUCCCCGAGACAUAGACCUCUCGGAAGAAGCUUCGUCAAGAAAAACCAGAUACGGCGGGACGCAGCGAUUGUGGAUCGCAAUGGGACCGAAUUGCCGCCUCUCAACACAUACUACUUUGAUCAGUUGAUCGACCACACUAAUCCCAGCAUCGGGACGUUCAAACAGCGAUAUUGGCACACAUGGGAGUUCUAUGAAGCUGGCGGGCCAAUCAUUCUGACCACGCCCAGAGAAGGGAACGCAGAGGGCUCUGAAGACUCCCUCGUAAACUCCACGAUAAACGGGAUGAUCGCCCAGGAACUGAAUGGAUCGACGAUCGUUCUGGAGCACCGUUAUUAUGGCUAUUCAAACCCAUAUGAUAACCUUUCAGUCGAGAGCCUGCAGUAUCACACGAUCCAGCAAGCGAUUGACGAUUUCGAGUACAUCGCAUACAACGUGAAGCUGCCGAUGCCUGGUGGCGACCAUGUAACACCGGACGAGGCGCCAUGGAUUCUCAUUGGGGGCAGCUAUGCCGGCGCGUUAACCAGCUUCACUAAAGUCAACAAACCUGACGUGUUCUACGCUGCAUGGUCCUUGUCAGGUGUCGUGGAGAGUAUCGCUGACUAUUGGGGCUACUUCAAUAUCAUUCGAAAGCAUAUGCCACAGAAUUGCUCCGCUGAUGUACAGGCGGUAAUCGGGCACGUCGAUUCCGUGUUCACAUCUGGGAAUAAUACUGCCAUCAACGAGAUCAAGGAACUUUUCAGCAUGCAUCUUACACACCUCGAUGACUUCGCGAGUGCCUUGCAACACCCACUCUUCGCAUGGCAAGGCCUCCAACCCUCGUCUAACCUGUCGGACCCUCUAUUCUUCCAUUUUUGUGACGCGUUGGAAGUCAAGGAUAAUCAGACCGCACCGUCCGAGGGAUGGGGUCUUCAGAACGCAUUGAAUUCAUGGGCCGGAUUCUGGAAAGAGGUGUGCUAUCAACGCUAUUGCGAUGAUCAAGACGCUGACAGAACGUGUUUUGGGAGAUACAAUGCAAGCGCAACUUAUUACACGGACCUUACUGUCAACAACGCCGAUCGUUCAUGGUACUGGAUCCUUUGCAACCAAAUGGGCUUCUAUCAAGACGGAGCGCCUGAUGGCGAGCCGACUCUUGUUUCUUGUCUGAUCCAGCCAACUUACUGGGAGGUGAACGAGACGAAUGCGGCGUAUCAUGGAUGGUUCAUCAAGGCUGAUCGCCUGUUCUUCUCGAACGGAGAGAAGGACCCAUGGCGCGUUGCGACUGUCUCCGCUGACGGGACAGCCUGUCAAAGCACUGCCAUGCAGCCUAUCGUCAUGGGUGAUGGCUACCAUUGCUCAGAUAUGGAUGCCGCGAAUGGGGAAACUCAGGGCAUAGCUGCGAUGAAGAGCUGGCUGGAGACAUGGGAGCCCCCAACCCGUCGAUAAGUACUACGAGACGUACU